UCUCAGCGACCGGGCGAGCGCGCAGCGUCUGAGUCCGGCGACGCCACCUCCGAGGAAGCCUCUCCGCGCGCGCCGAUCUUGUUUAAAGCUGAACACAGUGGACAGAACGGAUCACACGGUGUGUCUAUGUAUACACAUACGUGUGUGUAUACAUGCAUGUUGGUGGGGACGAUAUUGUAGUCGUGGAUUUUUGGCUCCGCUGUCUCUGUUCCUCCCGCUGUGGAUGUUAAAGUGAUUAUUAUCUCGGGCUGAAUGAAGCUUUUCUUUUUUGCCGAUCUCGACGGCGCCGAAGCGGUUUCUGGGUGACUGCCGGCUCUUUACUUGUGAAGUCGCGCGUUAUAAUUACAUUGUCGUUUCCUCGUGAGCCUCAUUGAUUUUCUUUUUUUUUUCUUUUUUUUUCUUUUUUUUUAGUCGGGCGCAACUUGCAUUUAAUUUUGUCAAACAAUGCUGCGGUUUUCCUGAGCGCGUGUUGGUCAUUCGCGAGGACAAAUAAGAGCGCGUUCGUUUUAGGGGAAAAAAGAGGAAGAGUUGGCCGCGCAAAGUUUUCGGAGACUGUCGACAUGGCCAUGGUGGCGUGGAGAACCGCCGAGGGCGUCGGGGACACCCAGGGGGGGCUCUCCUCCCCGGUGUCUCUGCCCGCGGAGCUGACGGGACACAUGAACCCGGUGUCCUCUCUGGAUAACAUCCCGCCGCCCACCGCCGCGGCCGGAGCGCACCAAGGCGCGCCGCCGCCCAACCCGCCCGGCAACAACAACAACAACAACGCCGCGGCCAACAAUAACAACAACACCUCCUCUUCCUCCUCCUCUUCCUCGUCCAUGGACAAGCAGCAGAGCCAGCACAUCGAGUGCAUCGUGUGCGGGGACAAGUCCAGCGGCAAGCACUACGGACAGUUCACGUGCGAGGGAUGUAAGAGCUUCUUCAAACGCAGCGUCAGGAGGAACCUGUCCUACACCUGCCGGGCCAACAGGAACUGUCCCGUGGACCAGCACCACCGCAACCAGUGCCAGUACUGUCGCCUCAAGAAAUGCCUGAAAGUGGGCAUGAGGAGGGAAGCUGUCCAGAGGGGCAGACUUCCGACCCAGUCUUAUCACGGCCAGUUCGCUCUGACCAACGGAGACCCCCUGCAGUGUCAUUCCUACCUAUCGGGGUACAUCUCUCUCCUGCUGCGGGCCGAGCCCUACCCGACCUCCAGGUUCGGCUCCCAGUGCCUGCAGAGCAACAACAUCAUGGGCAUAGAGAACAUCUGCGAGCUGGCGGCCCGGAUGCUCUUCAGCGCCGUGGAGUGGGCGCGCAACAUCCCUUUCUUCCCGGACCUGCAGGUGACGGACCAGGUGGCCCUGCUCCGCCUCACGUGGAGCGAACUGUUCGUCCUAAACGCCGCCCAGUGCUCCAUGCCCGUGCACGUGGCGCCGCUGCUCGCCGCCGCGGGCCUCCACGCCUCGCCGAUGUCCGCGGACAGGGUGGUGGCCUUCAUGGACCACAUCCGGGUCUUCCAGGAGCAGGUUGAGAAGCUCAAGGUGCUACACGUGGACUCGGCGGAGUACAGCUGCAUCAAGGCCAUCGUUCUGUUCACCACAGAUGCUUGCGGCCUGUCGGACGUGGCGCACGUGGAAGGUCUGCAGGAGAAAUCCCAGUGUGCUUUAGAGGAGUACGUGAGGAGCCAGUAUCCCAACCAGCCCAACCGGUUUGGGAAGCUGCUGCUCCGCUUGCCUUCCCUCCGCACCGUCUCUUCCUCUGUCAUAGAGCAGCUCUUCUUCAUCCGUCUUGUGGGGAAAACGCCCAUUGAAACUCUGAUCAGGGACAUGCUGCUGUCCGGGAGCAGCUUCAACUGGCCGUACAUGCCUAUUCAAUAGAGGGAAAGGUCCCACACCUCAGAGCAAGUCACGUCAGUGCGCCGGGACAAGGGGAAGAAAACUGCCAGUGGAAUGAGAUAAUGACAGGUAUUUGAAAUGUAAGAAAAAUAUUGGAAUUGAUCCUUUUCUUAUCUUGUACAAACUGCCAUUUCCUUGAGGGGUUAUCUUUCUUUAUGCUGCACCGUGUCACUAUUUGUCUAGAAAGGUCCCUGAUAGGAAUGAACCUUUUAGCCGAUGCUGAACAAUUUGUCCCCGCGGAUUUUUUUUUUUUUUACGUGUUCGAGGUGAAACAAAAAUGGCAGACAUUUUUCCCGCAGCGUGGUGACCACUCACGGUCUUUGGUUCUGAGAUAACGAACGAUAUUUAUUGGACCCUCUGUGUAUAUUUAUCGUGCUUGUAAAUUAUGUUUUGACUCCUUUUUAAAAUGUUUUAUGUACUUUUGCCCUCGCCAGUGAGAAAACGGCAGGGAUCGUCUUGUGUUGAUCUGUUGUUUUUUUGUUGUUGUGAUUUUUUGUUUUCAUACCUUCCAGACACGGCACUUUGGACUUAAUGAACAUUUCAGAAAGAUUUAAAGCAAGCGUUAGAAACUCAAUGGCAACUGACUUUAAGCUACUUGCUCAACUGUGUACAGACGGAAUGGUGAGAUUAAUGCUCGGUUUGAGUUACUUUGGAGUCUUAUUCUGUCGGCAUCGUUGACGUACAAAGAAUGAAAAGAAAUAAGCAAAAACACAUUUGGUAAAUGCACUUCUCAUGAUCAGUGUUAGGCUGCGCCAAGUAAUGCAUUACGCCUUUCAUAGGUAAUAUCAUUACUUUCUUACAUUUGUAUCUCCAUGAAUAUUUUAAUUAAUAUUUCCUUGCUGAUUUAAUUAUCUCCUUAAUGUUUAAUGUUUUCUUAAUUUACCCUAAAAAAAAGCUGAAUUUGAGUUCUCUUUACAUUGGUCAAUGGUUUCUUUUGACUAGUAACUUGUUACAAGGAAAAUCAACAACAUUACUGGAUUAACGGUAAAUUCAUUCAUUACCAAACACUAAAUGAAGCUGAUUUAUUUAUGCUUCAUUGACAGUGUCAGAGAGGUUUUAAGAGCACUGGAUCAAUACUUCAUCCUGUCCAUGGGAGAAAAGAACUGCACACAACUGCAGCUCAUUUAAAAGAUCUAUUUAAUUACAAUUUGUGCAUAUAUGAGCCCAGGCCACUUAAAGGCACAAUAAACCACUACAGGGUAUUGCUGAACAGAAAGUGUGUGAAUGUGUGUGUGUGUGAGAGAGAGUGAGUGUUUGUAUUUGUAUUUGUAUUUUCUUCUUUGACAACCACUCUGAUGUACUGUGAAAGCAUAUUGGUUAACAUAUUGGUACCGUAUUAAAUUAUAACUCAAGAUUUAUAAAUAAAGUGUAUUUGGUUUA